CGUGACUUGCACGUCCUCUGCUGCCGCGUGAAAGCAAGGUGCCUCUUUGAAACUCACUUCUCUUCUUCUCACCUAAUCAUCUUUCCUUCUCUCUCUUUCCUACAGAAACCAGACCUUCCCAAAACAAUUGGUUUAAUUCUCAACAACAGACACCAGAAACAGAAACAGAGAACAGAAACAAAAAGAGAAGAGAUUGGUGAGAUGGAGAACGGCCUCUACGAUGAGUUGUUGCAAGAAAUUUUCCAGAAACUCCCUCCUUCUUCCUCGUCCUCCGUCGCCCUCGUCUGCAAGCGCUGGCUCCGUCUCUACCGAUCCUCCACAACCUCCCUCUCCCUCCGCCUCAUCCCUCACUCCUCUCUCACCGUCUCUUCUCUCUCCUCCUUCCUCUUCCACCACCCUUUCCUCUCCUCCCUCUCUCUCUCCCUCUCUCCACACUUCUCUCUGUCCCCACACAUCCUCUCACUCAUCUCCUCCUCCUGCUCCAACCUCCUCGCUCUUUCUCUCGACCCCACCCCUCUUUCUCUCUCCUCCCUCCUUUUUCUCUCCACCUCCUUUCCCCGUCUCACAUCCCUCUGCAUCACCCUCCCCAGGCCCCUAUUUCUCAACUGGGUUCCCUCCUUCCCCUGUCUCAAACAAUUGUCCAUUUCCCUGUCCUCUGACCAAGAAAAUCCAGGUGGGGUCAACAGCGACGAAGAAAGGGAAGACUUUGACGCGGAAUUGGGGUUGGAGAGUCUCUGUGUGGUGGGGAUUCGCACCGAUGAUUGGGGGCUGGGCUGGUUGUGGAGGAGAUGCACCAAGCUUAAGAAACUGAAGCUUCGCAGUUGCCAGGGUAUUGGAGGGCCUUACUCGUCUUUCGUCAGGUGCUUGCACGGAAUUCAUGAAAUUGAGCUCAGAACUUGCAGGAGUGUGGUGUACGCGGUUCUUUUGGAGCUUGUGGAACAUUGUCACUCCCUAGAUUUUCUCUUGGUUCAUGAUGGUGGUAGCAGAGAAGGACUGAUGCAAUUUUUAACUCAGGGCCGCUCCAAUGUUUGCAAAUUCGACCUCCGUCUCCCUCUGGACCUCAACAACGACCAUCUCUUAGCGAUGGCCGCGAACUUCAAUAAGCUCACAAGCCUCAGGCUUCAAAGCUGUUGCCUUGUUACCGGGCAGGGCCUAAAGGUUCUUGCCGGAGCUUGCGGCGGACUUGAGGAACUGGCCCUGGUGAACUGUGACGUGGUUGAGAGGGAGCCUGGGCUGCUUGCGACUCUGGGCCAGCAUUUGAGGCAGUUAAGGAAGCUGGACUUGUCUCAUAACGAAAUGUUGGUCGACAAGGAGUUUGUUUCGAUGCUGGUUUCGUGCAUUCGUUUGAUUGAUUUGAGAGUGAGAGGGUGUAAAGCACUUACUAGUGUUGCUGUGGUUUCUAUGCUUAGGAGCUGCAAGCACCUUCAAAAUGUGGAUAUUAUGCACUGUUUCGGUAUAGACUCUGAGGCGAUUGAGCUGUUUGUUAAAAAUUCUUCUCGGUUGAGGAAAAUGGAAGUUGAGAGCAGCAAGCUCUCUGAUGCUGCGAAAACGUGGACAUCGAGUAAGUUUAUUGAAGUUGAGUGAUUGGAAAUUGAAGGUGAAAGAAGGAAGUGUAUAUUUAUGAAGUUUUAAAUAAACAGGUAUACUUCACACCCCUGAUCAAUGUAUUUAUGCAUUCAUGUUUCUGUAAUAAAAUAAACUAUUGCUUAUAUUAUCUA